CUGCCCCCCCACGUCUACGCCAUCGCCGAUAAGGCCUACCGGGACAUGAAGGUCCUGAAGAUGAGUCAGUCCAUCAUCGUCUCCGGGGAGUCCGGCGCCGGCAAGACGGAAAACACCAAGUUUGUUCUCAGCUGGACGACAUUUGGAUGCCAGUCGGACGCCAUCCGGACAUUAGCAGAACUCCAAUCGGACACUAGUCGAACGCCAAUCGAACGCCAAUCGGACGCCAAUCGAACGCCAAUCGAACGCCAAUCGAACGCCAAUCGGAUGCCAAUCGGACGCCAAUCGGACGCCAAUCAGACGCCAUCCGGACGCCAUCCGGACGCCAUCUUGACACUAGCUGGACACCAUUUGGACGCCAGUCGGACGCCAUCACCAAGCCAUCCGGACAUUAGCAGAACUCCAAUCGGACGCCAAUCGGACGCCAUCAGCACGCCAUCCGGACACUAG